UUGUGCAAGUGUACAGAUGGAUCAAUCGACGCGUUACCGUUUCAGUCCAACUUUGAAAUGGAAUCCUAUGGUUGAAGAAUACUUCAUCAAAGCUUACGGAGCUGAUCAUUUCUCUCGUAUUUCCACUGCUCUCGCGCGUCCAUCAUGUUACUCUUGUAUCCGGGUGAAUACGCUCAAAUCAACAAGUGAUGCUGUUAUCAAGAAGCUUUUGGAAAUUUUUAAGGAAAGAGGAGUGCUCGAUAUCGCAGUUCAAGAAUCUGCUACUACAUUGGAGCCAGAUAAUUGUUGUAAGGCAACCCUAGAAUGCACUGGAAGUGCAGAAUCUCUUAAGGCCAUCAAAAGUAUCUCAAAGUGUCAAUAUCCUGGCUUGGAUUAUGUAGUAUUUGUUAAAGGUUCAGGACCGCAUGCUAUUCAUUAUGGGGACAACGAAGGCAAACCUCUUAAGGAGGUAAUUGUGAGCCGAAAGUGUGCAGAGGCAGUUCUUCGUGGUGCCCAAGUUUAUGUGCCUGGUGUUUUGGCAUGCAGUGCUCAUGUUGAAACAGGUGAUGCAGUUGCAGUUUCAGUUGCUGUGGAACAGUCUAGUACAGAUGGUGGAUGGGGUGUUGCAAUCACACGUGGGACCGUUCUACAAGGAUCACAAGAAGAUCCUUAUUAUUUUGAAAGAGAUGGCUACUACAUUGGCCAAGCAACAGCAAUGAUGUCAAGAGCUGGGAUGUUUCGUGUAUCUGAAGGAGUUGCGGUGGAUAUGAAGGAAAGAGUAUUUAGACUACCCUCCUUUUAUGAUUUGCUUGAGGGUGAGAUUUUUCUUCAGAACCUGCCAAGCAUAAUAACUGCACAUGCCUUAGAUCCUCAACCAGGAGAGAGAAUAUUGGACAUGUGUGCAGCUCCAGGGGGGAAAACCACAGCAAUAGCAAGCCUUAUGAAGGACAAAGGGGAGGUUGUUGCUGUUGACAGAUCUCAUAAUAAGGUGCUUGGAAUUCAGAAAUUGGCGGCUGAGAUGGGUUUAAGCUGUAUAACUACAUAUAAGCUUGAUGCGCUGAAGUCUGUUUGCCAUGGAGCUGAAUCUGAUAGUUUGCCUAACUCAUGCAGUGUUGAGGAUGUUCAAAAUACGCGAACAACACAUUUAUUAUCCACUGUUAUAGAUGAAUUUGAUGCAAAGUUGCUAUCGGAAAAGAAUUUCAAAGAUUUGCAGCUGAAGGAUGGUCAGUACACUAGUAAAGCUGAACUACGGAAACGUAUCAGGCAACUAAAAAAUGGGCCAGGAAGGAAUCACACUGCAGGUGGGAGGGUUGAAAAGUCUAGAGGUUUUUCUCCCAAUAGCUUUGAUCGUGUGCUGCUUGAUGCCCCUUGCUCUGCAUUAGGUUUAAGACCUCGUCUCUUUGCUGGAGAGGACACAAUUGAUUCCUUGAGGAGUGAUGCCAAAUAUCAGAGAAAAAUGUUUGACCAAGCUGUUCAGCUUGUUCGCCCAGGUGGAGUCAUUGUCUAUUCCACAUGUACGAUAAACCCUGGUGAGAAUGAAGCUUUAGUACGAUAUGCAUUGGACACAUAUGAGUUUCUCUCGUUGGCAUCUCAGCAUCCAAAAAUUGGAGGACCCGGCCUUACUGGUAGUUGUCAAUUGCCUGAUGGAUUUGUUGAGGAAUGGUUAAAGCCCGGUGAGGAAAAUCUCGUUCAGAGAUUUGAUCCGUCAUCCGACCUUGAUACGAUAGGAUUUUUCAUAGCAAAGUUCAGCGUUGGACCCAAAAACAUCUGAGUUGAAUGUGAUACAACUCUCGGGAUAGGUAAUUUGGCAAUGAAUUUAUAUGAGCUUCGGCGAUGGAAGUCCAAGCCUCCCAGUUCCUCUCUUGUUGUACCCUCGUUGACAAUCACAUGCUGGAAUAUGGGUUGCAGAAUCAGUUAGUGUAACUGUGAAUGCCAGAUAGACUAGGUAGAUACUACUACUAGUCCUGUAAGAGAUAACCGCCAAUCUUAUAUUCAGUUGGUAGUUAAACUCUACUAUUGCCAAAUUCUGCAACCUCCAAUGUUCAAAGAUAUUUCAACCUUGCACAUUGGUCAUGAAAAACUUGGUUUAUGAUUCU